AUGAGUUAUUUUUCUUAUAAAUCUAGAUAAUAGCAAUACGCAUAUCAAUAAGCUGCUUGGUAAGCUUACCUCAGAAUGGAUCCAAUGAAUUGUAUUAUUGAUCCUUAAGGUUCAAAAGGUGGACUUUAUUUAGGUAAUGUGGAUGCAGCCUAAAAUGUAGACAUGCUUCGCCGUCAUAACAUCGGAGCUGUGCUUACUGUCGCUGCUCGUACUGGCCUAAAAUAUGACAAAAGCCACAAUAUUAACCAUCACAUAGUAAAUGCUGAUGAUGUUGAGUCCUAUGAUUUAAGCAGACACUUUCCUACUUUACUAGAUUUUAUCGAAUAGCAUAUUUAGCAUACAAACGUUCUUGUCCACUGCUUCGCUGGAGUUUCCAGAAGCUCAACUACUGUCAUUGCAUAUCUCAUGAAAACUAAUAAUUGGAGUUAUGAGAAGAGCUUAUUUUAUUGUAAAUCAAGAAGAAAAGUAACAAAUCCUAAUCCUGGUUUUAUACGUUAACUAAUGUCCUUCGAAAGAAGAUUAUAAGAAAAGCAAAAUGCCUAAAUUAGAUAGCAAGAAUAAGGUCUAGGUCUUACCCAAAGCACAUUUUAUCAUGACCGUAAUCCAGUAAGAGUUUUGCCAUAAUCUUCUCAUUCUAAUAGAAAUGAAAAUGUUCUUCUUUAUGAUAAUACUUCACCCUCUUAAAACGGUAAAAAAAUGUUGAGUAUGACUUUGAACUCUUUCAAGCCCAGUAAUAAUGAGCAUAGUACUCCGAACAACAGAGGUUAUGGUACAACAUCCUUAGUACAGACAGAUUAGUUAAGCACCACUAAAAGUAAUUUCCAUGAUCAGACUUUAUAAAGAUCUUCAGUUAAGUAGGGAUCUUAUGCAGAUUAGAUAAGAAGUCAAAGUUAGCAAGCAAACCGUAUUACAGACAACUCUUCUCACUUUGGAGGUAGCAAUAAAGCAAAUUAAGCAGAUUUAAACAGUCAUCUAAAUCCAUAUUAGAGUGCUCAAAAAACUUCUUACAAUGAAUCAAAAUCAUCAGUUUUUGGAAAUAAUAUCAACUUAAGAUAAAAUGACAGAAGUUCCUAUAAAGAUAGAAGUACAUCAUCAUAACCCAUAUACUCUUAGCAAGUACAUCCCUCUGGCUAUGAGUUAGGAGGAGAACAAAGAGGUUAUGAAAGAGGUUCAUCUGUCAGAUCAUCAAACAUAUACUAAAAUCUUUAAAGUAAUAGUCAUUAUUAAAACUAGCAAAAUUUCGCAAGUUCUCUAAGAAAUAGUUAUCAAAAAGCCCCUUCUUAUGCUGUGACCCAAUAAACUCCAAAGACAAUUUAUGGCUCUAACUAUAUAAGUUAUAACAAACCUGACAAUAGACCAUAUCAAAUCUAUAACAAUUAAUUGACUCCUUAAUCAGUUUAUUCCUCUUCUUAUGGAGUAGCUUAAAAAGCAGCAGGUUAUAAUCCCAAAUACUAUCCAACAAGAAGAGCUUUAUUUAGCGAUAGACCUUUGUUUUGA